AUGGAUCAAUAUGGUUCUGACGAACUGUUACUUCCAUCUUUGCAAGCUUCUGAUGAAAUCGACAUGCCUGGACGCUUUGAUUACAAUUGCUCGCGGAAAGGUGAUGCUGGCAAUAUAAGUAGAAUAUGUCUUUGGGUAAAGAAUGAUGACGACACAUGCUUAUCUCGGCGCGUUCGGCACAGUAUCUGCAUCCUUGGAGUGGAGCAUCUUUCCUUAUUGGCAGAGACGCCGCAUAUCAUGGCCAAUAAGGUAGAGUUCGGUUUUAUUUGA